UGGACAGCCGCAGCCCGUUCAGGGCAGGCCCACACCCUGACGACCGAGCGAGCGAGCGAAGGAAGGAAGGAGGGAGGGGAGGGGAGGAGGCGGAGGCCAGGUGCUGACUCUAGGAGAGGGGGCGGAGCCUGGGCCGGAAGUGUCAAGGGGGGGCAGGGAAGGUUUGGGGGACGGUACCCUGCAAGCGGGUCGGAAGGGAAACAAACUGGUGGGACCGGUUCUGAGGGGGCAGACUUGAUGAGAGAGAAUGCUUGUGCAAGUGAGUGGAAGCAGAUGAGUCCACCACUGAAGCACUUAAUAACAGGACAAAGUCUUAAAUAGUCAGUUCUGAUAUCUCAAGAAGAAGGAGCAUUUGUGAAGUAAAAGGUCCCAAUGGCAGAACUAUCUGCACACUUAUCACAGAUCCAGCAUGGGCAACUGAGAGAGACGUCCGCUGACAACCAUCUGACCAAUACUGUGGCAUCUCUGACCUGUGAUCUGUUUAAUGCUAAUCAGAACGACAAUGUUGAAAGACGACGUCAGGAGACCAGUGAUCGGAGACGCCGUGAUAAUCCUGAUUCAGCAUCUAAUGGGCAGCCACAACACAGCACUCGCCAAGUGGUGGAACAAGAUGAUGACGAUGAGGAGGAGCUAACACUGAAAUAUGGGGCAAAGCAUGUGAUUAUGCUCUUUGUGCCUGUCACACUUUGCAUGGUGGUUGUUGUUGCAACUAUCAAGUCUGUCAGCUUCUAUACACGCAAGGAUGGACAGCUUAUCUACACACCAUUCACAGAAGAUACAGAAACAGUUGGACAAAGAGCUCUGAACUCUGUUCUGAAUGCAGCCAUCAUGAUCAGUGUCAUCAUUGUUAUGACCAUACUCCUGGUUGUGCUUUACAAGUACAGAUGCUAUAAGGUGAUCCAUGGAUGGCUUAUCGUUUCUUCUCUCUUCUUGCUUUUCUUUUUUUCUUUCAUAUAUUUAGGGGAGGUGUUUAAAACCUAUAAUGUUGCUAUGGACUACAUUACACUUGCACUCAUGAUCUGGAAUUUUGGUGUAGUAGGAAUGAUCUGCAUCCAUUGGAAGGGUCCUCUCCGGCUUCAGCAGGCCUAUCUCAUUAUGAUAAGUGCUCUGAUGGCCUUGGUAUUUAUCAAAUACCUUCCUGAAUGGACUGCGUGGCUCAUCUUGGCAGUAAUUUCAGUGUAUGAUCUGGUUGCCGUAUUGUGCCCCAAAGGGCCUCUUCGUAUGCUCGUUGAAACUGCUCAAGAAAGAAAUGAGACUUUGUUCCCAGCACUCAUUUACUCAUCAACAAUGAUAUGGCUAGUGAACAUGGCUGAGGGAGAUCCUGAAGCCCAAAAGAGAGAUAACAAAAGUUCCACUUACGAUAAAGAAGUCACAGCAAAUCAGAACCAAAAUGCAGGUGCUGAGGCUGAUGAUGGAGGUUUCAAUCAAGAAUGGGAACAGCAACGCGAUAAUAGGAUAGGGCCUCUGGAAUCAACCCCUGAAACACGAGCUGCUGUUCAAGCACUCCCUACCAAUUCCCUAGCAAGUGAGGACCCAGAGGAGAGGGGUGUUAAGCUUGGCUUAGGAGACUUCAUUUUUUACAGUGUUCUAGUUGGCAAAGCUUCAGCAACAGCCAGUGGAGACUGGAACACAACUUUAGCCUGCUUUGUAGCCAUUCUAAUUGGCCUGUGCCUUACCCUCUUGUUGCUUGCCAUUUUUAAGAAGGCCUUACCAGCUCUUCCAAUCUCUGUAACCUUCGGGCUUGUUUUCUAUUUUGCCACAGAUAACUUGGUGCAGCCUUUUAUGGACCAGUUAGCAUCCCAUCAGUUUUAUAUCUAGCACACUGCUGAGUUGCCCACCUCUGAACAUUUGUAUCAUCUGUAGCAAAUACAGGAGGGGGAAAUGAUUUCCCUUCCAUUUCUUAAAACAGCCACUGUGCUGGGCACUAAUGGAUUCUUGUCUAUAAAAAUAAUCUUUUAACAAAUGAGUUACAGGACUCCUCAGCAAUCAGACAUACAUCUUCAAAAGGACCAUAUGUAUAAAAGAUACCUGUGCUUUCACCAGCAACAUAACUGCUCAGCAGACUGACUGCACCUUCAUCCUGCUGUUCAAGACUGCGAAGGGAGAAGUUAAAGGAAAGUGGAAGGGUAAAUCAAACUAAGUGAUCUGAAUGGCUGAAGAGUCAGCCUGGCUCCAGAACAUCCAUUGUCAGGAUUUCUCAUCCUGAUUGCACUGUGUGUGAGUUACCAGGAGAGCAACAACUGGCUUGUGAAUUAGAAGAUUUUGUAUUAUCUAAAAAAAAAAACACAUGCAAAUUAUUCUACAUGCUUUAUGUUAAAUCUGAAAAAUUCAUGUCAAGCUGGCACAAUAAAUUUCUAGAAUUCUUCAGCAGAGGAUGCAUACUUCCUGAUUCUGCUGCCAAUAUUUCUUGGAUUCAAUUUGCAUAAGAUCAGAGUUUGGGACCCUUGAUUUCAGUAGAUUUUCACUUAUUAUAUAAACAGUUUCCAAAUUUCAGUUCUUUCAUCCAAAAUUUGCAAAAUAUUAUUUUGGAAUUAUAUUGUCUAUAAUAUAUUCAAAUAUGAUUAGACACUUAAAGCUGCAGCAUAGUGGCUGAAAUUCUGUUGAAAGGUAGACAGUAUCUUUCAGUGCCUUCUAUUGAUCAAUUAAUGAGUCUCCGUUGAGGUUCUCAAGAGUACACUUAAGCCAAUGGACAUGUGUGGCAUCGAGGAUCCCAGCAGCAGCUCGUUAACUGCCAGCUAGAAGCAACUGUGAAACCAAAUGUUAGAAUUUCGGCUUGUAAGAUAUACUUCAACCAAAAAAUUUUCUUUCAUUUCUUUUUCUUUUUCCAAGUGGUGAUUGUUUAAAUUCAUCUUUUAUUCUCAUAUAAUUGUUGGCAUUUCUUUGAGCUAUUAUGUAAAAUAUUGUAUCUUGUAUCAUAAGACAGAAAAGAACUAUUUUGUAAGGCUGAAGGCCAUGUAAAAUUUAUUCCCACAGGACUGCUGUGGAGCAUUCCUCUUGAAAACAUACAGAUAAAAAAUAUUAUAUCAAUAUGGAUUUUUAGGCAUGGUUGAUAACCAAAAUACCAGGUUCUUGCUUGCAGGAUCAUUUCAGAAAAGAAAUGUUAUAAUAUCCCAUUCUUAAUGAACAUUUAAAAUUUAUAUUUUCCAUUGGGAAACAUUCCAGAAAAACUCAGAUGGGAGUUUAUGUUAUAUCAGUAAAAGGCCUCCAUCAUAUAAUACUCUAUUGGCUGUGUUGCUGUUCCUUGACUGCCUUGAAUGACACCUGCCCCAAGCUAGAAUCUAGAAAUUAGAACAUUUUUAUUAAAAUAAAAUAUACUUGCCUAACUAAUCCUGUACCACUGAAUGACUGACAGUUACCUAUUGAGUUCUCUUUGGAUAAGCAUUAAUAAAAUGAAAAAUCUGUUGUGUCUGUCAGUCUGAAACGUUGUGAGCUAUUGGUGUAAAUAGUAGAUUUUUGUUUCCAGUUAGUAGUUAAGGAAAGGGAUCUAGGUUGAACCUUUGGAUGUUGUUGUUUUAUUUGUAAUGUCAUUAUUUCUCACUUGAGCAUUCAUCUUGGGGAGGGGAAAAGUCAAUAAAAAGACGCUAGAAUAUCA